UUCCUCUUCUCCCAACAUUCCCCUUUGGUUUCCCCUCAUUUCACGCUCUUUUGGGGUCUCUCCUAGCGAUUGAUUUCGGUCAAUCUAUUUGCAUUGUCAAGUGUUUACCCCCCGUAUUUGCAAAUUCCCCAACAAGAUGGCCGCUGAAGCCAAAUCGGCUCCUGCCACGGAGCAGAAGGUGAAGCCUACCAAGCCCAGUGAGGAGGCGUUCAAGGCCGACCUCGCGCAGGCUGAGAAGGAGCAUGCUGCGGUUCAGGAGAAACUGAACCAAGUCAAGGCCAAGAUCGAGACCGCCAAGCCCAACAACAAGGACUCGCCCGCGGCCAAGAGACAGCAGGAACUCCGUGCUGAGCUCUCCUCCAUCCGUCAGAAGCAGUCGGGAUUCAAGGCGUCUAGGUCCAGCACUCAGGAGAAGAUCAAUGCCCUGGACAGCACGCUCAAGGCCCGCAUUGCGGAGCAGAACAACUCCAAGACCCGCAUGUCGUUCAAGAGCGUCGAGGAGGUUGAUCGCGAGAUCGCACGCCUCGAGAAGCAGGUUGAUUCCGGCACCAUGCGCUUGGUCGAUGAGAAGAAGGCCCUUGCCGACGUCUCCAGCCUGCGCAAGCAGCGCAAGAACUUCGCCGGCCUGGACGAGGCCCAGAAGGUCAUCAACGACAUCAAGGCUCAAAUCGCCACCCUCAAGAAGACCCUUGACAACCCUGAGGCCAAGGCCCUGAGCGACAAGUACGCCGAGAUCCAGAAGGAGCUGGAUGCCAUCAAGGCCGAGCAGGAUGGCGCUUUCAAGAACCUCAACGCCUGCGGGACGAGCGCACAAAGCUCCACGGCCCGCAAGGCCUACAAGGAGUACGAGGAUGAGGCCUGGAGAGUCCGCCGUGAGAAGCAGAAGGCCCAACGGGACGCCUUCGAGCGCGAGAAGAAGAAGAAGAUUGCCGACAAGAAGCUCGAGGAGGCCUCUCGCCUGGCUUACACCGACGAGAUCCUUACCGCUCAGGGUCUGAUCCGCCACUUCAACCCCGCCUACGACUUCGCUGCUCUGGGUCUGGAUGACAAGAAGGACCAGUCCUCUCAGUUCCGUGCUGAGAUUGGCCGUACCAUCGAUGACUCCGGCAUGAAGGGCAUGAAGGUCCUGAAGAAGGAGGAGGACGACUACUUCGUCGGCACUGGUGGCAAGAAGGGUAAGAAGGGCAAGAAGAGCAACGCCAACGGCAGCCCUGCCCCCGCCGAGAAGUUCAACCUCAACGUUGGUAUCAUCGAGGAGUUCGCCCAGGUCAAGAUCGACCCCCCUAUGAACCAGACCGAUGUCCCCGCCGUGGUCGAGAAGCUGGCCGCUAAGAUCACUGAGUGGAAGAAGAACCAGGCUUCGAAGACCGAGGAGAACAUCAAGAAGGCCCAGGAGGAAAUUGCCCGCUUGGAGGAGGAGGCCGCUCAGGCGGACGACCGUGCGACUGACGCUGCCAAGAAGCCCGCUAUCAUCAACAGCGGUGUUAACGGCAAGGUCUCGGCCGAGGCCGAGCUGAAGCAGGAGCAGGACGCCGCCGCCGAUGUGUCCGACGAGCUGCAGAAGGCCUCCCUCGAGGAGACGGCCUAAGCGAUGCGCCCCGGAUAGAUUUAUGCAACUUUGCAUGUUCUUGCAUCAGCGAAUUGACGCUUUAGACCCCAAGCGGAGAUUUAGCAUUUACAUUUCAUUUGUUUUUGGUUAGUUCUGUGCAUCUUAUCGACAACUCUUUGCUUUUGCAGAUCCUCCCUUUAUUUUCUUUUCUCUGUGGGGGAAUCUUGCCCCGAUCGGAGGGGGUUUAAUUCUCCUUUGCGAGGCCACCGUCUGGCUGUUAUUCCUUUCUUGUAAUCCAUAUUUACUACUCUUUUUUGACUUCUCGUCUGGUCUUGUUCCAUCUUGCUAUGGCCGGACUACCGCAUUCUCCCCUCUUACCCACCCACCCUCUCCUCUUCCCUCCCCAAAAGUCUGCAGAGCAGGAUGAUGAGAUUUAGCGUUGAUUUCAGAGCUUGUGAGGAACGAUCUGAGCGAUUGGGGGACGCCGUUGCUGGUUUUGCUAUAUGAACCGAAUCUACCGUAUUCAAUUGACUUCUCGCGUA